CUGUCGUUUUCAAUUGCACAGCAAAAGAUGAACGAUGGCCCAGAGUGAUGAUGGGAAUCAACGCAUGGGCACCCGUACGCUGUCUUUAAUAUUCCCUGUAUCUCCCCCUUCUCCUUUCGUCGCAACGUUAGGAUUGGUGUCCCGAGGUAGUGCAAGAAGCAAAGCCUAGGCCGACAGCCAAAGUCGACCGCCAACUUGCGUCCUCCAAGCCUUGACCUCUAGAUCUGACAUUCGCUCUUUUGCGUGCUUUCUGUUCGCUUUGCUCGUAGCCUCUCCUUCGUCUCUUCACUCGACCCAAUUCAUCUCUACCUCGACCGUGCAUUCCCUCCACACCCUCUCUUCUUUGUUCCCUCCUUCGUAGCGAUGCCGCUCCUUAUGCGCAUAUCCAUAUCCACCCGACCCUAUGAACAACUCGACCCGCCGUUUUCCGAGCCCUCUUUUGUCCUGCCUGGAGCCAGGUGAUCAAAAGUACCCUGCUAGCCCCUUAUCCCUACUCCCUGUUCAAUACGAUUGCUGCACUCGGGGUUCGGUCAACGCUAGAAGAAGGAAUCAAGAAAAAGGAAAGAUGCAAGGAUGGGAAGUGGAGCGCGGCGAGUGCUUAGCAAAUGAGCGAAUAAGUCUGCUUGAGAGUGAGGUUGCGAGGGUGGCCAGGUGGAAAUUGGAAAGAAUGGUCGGGUGCAAUCGAGGGAAUGACAGUGGAAUAGAAGGCCGAGAGCAAAUCGAAGUUGCAGGCUGGAAGGUGCAGAGUUGGAGGAGCCGACACGGUGACAGCAUCGAGCUGGACUUGGGCUUGGACUUUGAUUUGACAUGUCACUCGGUCGGAGUGAUGAAAGGAGAAGGUGAGAAGGGUCGAAGACGUUGUACAAAGGAAUGCAAAUGAAUGCAAACCGGGUGCUGGCGUAGACGAGGGUGAGCGAAAGUAAUACGAACCG